AUUUGUGUCUCAUUUUUGUUGUUUUGUGUCUCAUUUUUGUCAUUUGUGUCUCAUUUUUGUAAUAUUUUUCUUGUUUAUCUUGUUUUUUGUCUUUUAUUGUCAGAUUUUUAUCAUUUGUCUCACGUUUUCGUUGUUUUGUGUCUCAUUUUUGUCGUUUGUGUCUCAUUUUUGUUGUUUUGUGUCUCAUUUUUGUCAUUUUGUGUCUCAUUUUUGUAAUAUUUUGUCUUGUUUAUCUUGUUUUUUGUCUUUUAUUGUCAGAUUUUUAUCAUUUGUCUCACGUUUUCGUUGUUUUGUGUCUCAUUUUUGUCGUUUGUGUCUCAUUUUUGUUUUGUGUCUCAUUUUUGUCAUUUUGUGACUCAUUUUUGUAAUAUUUUGUCUUGCUUAUCUUGUUUUUUGUCUUUUAUUGUCAGAUUUUUAUUAUUUGUCUCACGUUUUCGUUGUUUUGUGUCUCAUUUUUGUCGUUUUGUGUCUCAUUUUUAUAAUAUUUUGUCUUGCUUAUCUUGUUUUUUGUCUUUUAUUGUCAGAUUUUUAUUAUUUGUCUCACGUUUUCGUUGUUUUGUGUCUCAUUUUUGUCAUUUUGUGUCUCAUUUUUGUAAUAUUUUGUCUUGUUUAUCUUGUUUUUUGUCUUUUAUUGUCAGACUUUUGUCAUUUGUCUCAUGUUUUCUUUGUUUUUGUGUCUCAUUUUUGUCGUUUUGUGUCUCAUUUUCGUUGUUUUGUGUCUCAUUUUGUAUUAUUCUGUCUUGUUUGUUGUCUUUUUUGUCUGACUUUCGUUGUUGUGAUUAUAAAGUGAAGUCCUGUAUCAUUCAGUUCCAGAUACCUGUGACUAAAUACUUCGUGUCUUUGUAGACACUCUGUGAUCUGGAAGUUUUCACGUGUAAAUGAUAAACUCAGACAUAAUGUUGUUGAAACUGAAUUUAUGUUUCUUGAGAAAUUGAAAGUUAUUCAUAAUGUUUUGUAAAAAGAUAAUUCCUUAAAUGUUAACAUUAUCAGAAUGCACUUUUUUGCACUAAAACAAAGGAAGAAACUGGAGUUAUUUCUAGCUUAUUAUGCUCUGAUUUUACUGGUUCGCCCCACUUCAGAUUGAAUUGGGCUGAAUGUGGCCCCUGAACUAAAAUGAGUUUGACACUCCUGUUCUAGUGAGUUAUUUUAUUCAUAAAACAGCCUUCCUACAUGAUAGUCUGAAAGCAGUUCUCCACUUUACUCCACUUUCCUUUCUGAUAAGGAAAAUUGUUACAUUAGUCCCUCCAUCAGCUGCACUCCGUUAUUCCUUAAAGAGCUGCAAAAAAAUGCAGAUUAGCAGGACACCAGUGAGUCAUAGGGCUCAUACAUUACUACAUAUAUUAAUUUGCGUAUUUAUUCUUCUUUCUUUUUUUUUUGUUGACUCAGAAAUGUCUACAUUUUGGGAAACAAAUAUGAGAACUGCCUUUAAAACCCUUCGUAUCCUUAGCUUUAAAUGACAGAAUAUCAAAGGUAGCAAAAUCUGUGUCUUAUUUUCUAAUGUUAGAGUCACAAAAUACACCGCAUAUGUAUAUUAUUCUCUCUUUAUAACUUUAUAUGUGAAUGUUUCAGUGAAUUAUGAUCUGGUUUAUUGCCUCACAGCUCUGCUUCUCCAUCUACUGGUGGUGUGAUGGACGAAUUUGGGUGAAAUCACAAAUACUGCAAGCUCUAAAUGAUCCCUUUAAGUUAUAUUAUCUAAAAGCAAAGGAAAGAUGUGAAGAAACUGUCAUCAGACAUGCAGUAUAGAGGCCCAAUGUAAAAGAAAACUGUGAACACGUACCAUUUACUCCCAGCUUUCCUUUGUUUUCUUUGAAAAAAAUGAAAGAAAACUCAAGCAUGAAUGCAAACCUGAUUAAAUCUUUGGAAGCAGAUAAAGCUGUGAUGUUGACAAUAAUAACACAGACGUUCUCACAACCCCAGCUGUUCUUGUGCUGCAUUUGUAACCCUAAUUCUUUUGAUGUUUAAAGAAAGCGCUGCAGCCUCUUUCUCAUCACCAAAAUGCCAAACACCAGCUCUCACCAUCUCAGUCCUGUACUCCCAAGGGCACAGGCGCAAAUCCAACCCCUCAAGGCCACAAGUGUAUUGUUUACCAUUUUCCUCUCUCUGUUGUGGCUUUUGUAUUACCCUGACCUGGCUCACCACCAGCUCGGUCCGCCUAUAAAGACGAAGCCGAGGCAGCCGUCAUCAUUUGGACCCCAGUUGUGUGCAGGUGCUUUGAAAUCUUCCCUCUUAUGGAUCUGAUCUCCAGCUGUGAACGGGCGAUGACUCCUGUUGGUUUGGACGCCGUCAUGGCCGACCUGGUCUCUAUGUCCCCGAACGCAACUGCCGUGAGAUCACCGGGCAUCUCUACAGCAACCAGCAUCCUAAUCCUGCUUGUGUGUGUGCUGCUGGCUGCGUGGAGUCACACCGACAAGAAAACUGCACCAGGUCCUUCUUUCUGCCUGGGUUUGGGGCCACUUCUGUCCUACAUAAGGUUCAUCUGGACCGGAAUAGGCACAGCCAGCAACUACUACAACAAGAAGUAUGGAGACAUUGUUAGAGUUUGGAUCAAUGGGGAGGAGACACUAAUACUCAGCAGGGCAUCAGCUGUGCAUCAUGUGCUAAAGAAUGGACAUUACGCUUCACGUUUUGGGAGCAAACAGGGACUCAGCUGCAUCGGCAUGAACGAGAGGGGCAUCAUAUUUAACAACAACGUGGCUCUGUGGAAGAAGAUCCGCACCUAUUUCACCAAAGCCCUGACAGGUCCCAACCUGCAGCAGACGGUGGAGGUUUGUGUCUCGUCCACACAGACUCACCUGGACGCCCUGGACAGCCUGAGUAACGUGGAUGUUCUCAGUUUGCUGCGCUGCACCGUGGUCGACAUCUCCAACAGACUCUUCCUGGACGUCCCUGUCGACGAGAAAGAGCUGCUGCUGAAGAUCCAGAAGUAUUUCGACACGUGGCAGACGGUGCUGAUCAAACCUGACAUCUACUUCAAGUUGGGCUGGAUCCACCAGAGGCACAAGGCAGCAGCCCAGGAGCUACAAGAUGCCAUAGAAAGCCUUGUGGAGCAGAAGAGGUGUGACAUGGAGCAGGCAGAUAAACUGGACAACAUCAACUUCACGGCAGAGCUCAUAUUUGCACAAGACCACGGCGAGCUUUCUGCUGAGGACGUGACUCAGUGUGUUCUGGAGAUGGUGAUCGCAGCACCAGACACUUUGUCCAUCAGCCUCUUCUUCAUGCUGCUGCUGCUCAAACAGAAUCCAGAUGUGGAGCUGCAGCUGCUGAAGGAGAUAGACACUGUUGUAGGUGAAAGGCCGCUGCAGAAAGGUGACCUCCAGAAGCUGCAGGUCCUGGAGACCUUCAUCAACGAGUCCUUGCGCUUCCACCCAGUGGUGGACUUCACCAUGCGUCGAGCCCUUUCUGAUGACGUCAUAGAUGGCUACAGGGUACCAAAGGGCACCAACAUCAUCCUGAACACCGGCCACAUGCACCGGACAGAGUUCUUCCUCAAAGCCAACGAGUUUAGUCUGGAAAACUUUGAAAAGAAUGCUCCUCGCCGUUACUUCCAGCCAUUCGGUUCAGGCCCUCGCGCCUGCGUUGGCAAACACAUCGCCAUGGUGAUGAUGAAAUCCAUCCUGGUGCCGCUGCUCUCCCAGUACUCUGUCUGCCCCCAUAAAGGUCUGACCCUGGACUGCCUCCAACAGACCAACAACCUCUCACAGCAGCCGGUGGAGCAUCAGCAGGAGGCCGAACACCUCAACAUGAGGUUCUUACCCAGACAGAGAGGAAGCUGGCUGGACAGUGACCUUUAGCUGCAGCUAUAUGUUUAAAUAGAACGCACAUUUAUAUAUGUAUAUCACAUCUAACGAUUCAUUUAUGCUAUCUCGCAACUGUACAAAGCUAAGUUUUAUAUUUUGAUAUCCCUUAUGUUUUAUGGACGUUUAGACAGGAUCUUUCUGCAUGGAGUUUGCAUGUUCUCCCUGUGCAUGUGUGGGUUUUCUCCAGGUGCUCCGGCUUCCUCCCACAGUCCAAAAACAUGCUGAGGUUAAUUGGUUACUCUAAAUUGCCCGUAGGUGUGAAUGUGAGUGUGAUUGUGUGUCUGUAUAUGUAGCCCUGUGACAGACUGGUGACCUGUCCAGGGUGUCCCCUGCCUUCGCCCGAGUCAGCUGGGAUAGACUCCAGCACCCUGCCCCACCCCCCCCCACCCC